AUGGCAGGAGAACUUCCCAGCGGCAUGUUUAGCAAGAUCGGCGAGACCCUCAAGGGCUACGUUGCUCCGACCGAAGAAGAAGGGACCAGCACCAGCAAACGGGGCGGACUCGAAUCUGCCAGCUCAAAGACCGCGCCCGGAGGCAAGAUGACGGAGCAGCACGAGGGUGCCACCACGGUCCACAAGACCAAGGCUCCCGCGGUCCAGCACGAGACGGUCAAGCCCAUGGAGCACGAGCAAGUCAACACGGAAGUCGACAAGGACAUUCACCAGGACCACUACCACCGCACCGUCCAGCCCGUCAAGGACAAGAAGGUCAUGCCCACAAAGCACACCUACAACGAGACCGAGGACAGCCGUCAGUUUGACCACAGAGACGACACUGCCUCCAAGCAGUUCCAGCAGGAAGGUGCACAGUUCCGUAACCUGCGCGAGGUUGAGGGGACCAGACGUACCCAGGAGUCUGCUCCGGCCAGGCAGACUGAGAAUAUUCACCAUCACGUCCACGAGACUGUCCAGCCAGUAGUCAACCGGGAGACCAUCCAGCCUGAAGUCAUCCACACCAAGCACAAUAUCCAUGAGACCCACCACCUCAAUGCCCAGCAUCAUGCCACCACCACUGCUCCCGAGAUUGACAUGGCGUCUUACGAGGGAACUGGUACGGGCACGACUGGAACUGCUGGCAAGAAGGGUCGCGGCAAAAAGGCUGGUUUGGGAUCCAGUUAUGAUGAUGAGUUGAGCGGCAACACUCAGCGGGGUCUCUGA